CAUGAAAAUUGGGGUUCGUCGCUAUUUAUAUAUGUUUUCGAUUGUCGCACUAAUAAAUUUAAUUUAUGUCUUGUAUACUAAUCUUUCUGGAAUGCCAUACUCUGGGGGAGGUAUUAAACAAGUUGAUGAUGAUAAUUUUAAUAAAACAUUGCCACUUUUUACAUGUGAAAUGAAUGAUGUUGGACUUGCAACAAUUUUAAUGUCAAUUUUUAUUGAAAGUGUUCCAUUUCCCAUAAUAUUUUUUUGCGCAAUUACAAUGGUUAAAUAUGUCAAUUCACAUACGGGACUUGAUAGAUGUGCAUCAUGA